AUGCAUCCAAUUAUACAACGCCUACGGAAAACGAGACAACUGAAACAACUCAAAAUCUCUAUAAAACCACAAAAAACGACUACAUUUGCUCAACUAUUUAAAACAUGUACUGACUAUGAUGUGGAACAUUUCACAAGUUAUAAAUUUACCAAAUGGCUACAUCGUCCAGCAGAUGCAGCUGCCUUAGGAGUAUUUCGUAUGUUAUAUAAAUUUACAAUUAUCCUAUUUUUCCUAGGAGCCGCCAUGUUAAUAGACAUAGCUGAGGAAAGAGGUGGCAGUCAAAUGGAUGCGUUUGGUGAAGCUAAACACUGCCAUUUUCCUUUAUUCGAUGGUAUACAAGCAUUUAGUUUCCCUAUUAUGGGUUGUGUGUAUCUGUGCAUGUGGUUGGGCGCUAUUGGUAUAAUGUUGGGUUAUCGGUUUCGUUUGAGCUGUUUAUUAUUUGUGGUACCCUAUUGGUAUAUUUUCUUAUUAGAUAAACCGGCUUGGAAUAAUCAUAGUUAUUUGUUUGGCUUAGUGGGUACUAUGUUAUUGUUUACCCAGGCCAAUCGUUAUUGUUCUUUAGAUAAAUACCUAAAACCCCAAAUGCCCUCAACUGUACCCUAUUGGAAUUAUUUUAUUAUAAAAUUUCAAUUCUUUAUUUUAUAUAUGUAUGCGGGUUUAAAAAAACUUACCGCUGAAUGGUUAUCCGGUUAUGCAAUGUUCUUAAGCCGCCAUUGGGUAUUGAGUCCUUUUCGUUGGGUUCUCUCGGAAGAUUUAGCAGAUUUGUUGAUUGUUCAUUGGUUUACAGCGAUAUUUGACUUUUCUAUUGCUUUAAUGACUUGCAGUAAGACACGCGUGUUUGGCAACGCCCUUUAUGAUCAGUUUCAUUUGAUGAAUUCACGGUUGUUUGUAAUCG